AUUUGACUUCCCUUAUGCAUGAGACUUAUGUAGGGGAAAUUAUGAAUAGGUUCAUGAUAUUGGAAAGGAAGCUAUUCCUUCCUCUAUGAGAAAAGAACUACUUGCUUGCUCACUCGAAUUGACCUUGCUUCAUUAAAGGGGCAGAAGCCGAUCAAGAAAGUCAACAAAAGAGGAAAUGAGCUUCGCCAGAAAUGGAAGGAAAGUUUUCACUCCAGCUCCACUCACAGGGUUCAUGCUGUCGAACAUUCCAGAGCUGAAUGGAUCAAACUUUUCUGAUUGGCAUGAGCAAGUGCUCAUCACCUUGGGGUGUCUAGAUUUGGAUUUUUGCCUUCAAGCUGAUGAACCUUCAAAGCCGACAGAUGCAACCUCGGUAGAAGAAAAAUUCCUUUAUGAGAAAUGGGAACGAUCCAAUCGUUUGAGUCUGAUGAUUAUCAAAAGCAAAAUAGCAAAGAAUAUUCGAACUUCUAUUCCUGAAUCUACAAAUGCACGCAAGUUUCUGCUUUCAGUGGAGAAGAAAUUCGUGCCUAAAAAAGUUCCAGCUCUUGAGAAGGAACUGGGAGAGAUUAUAAAUGACCAAUAUCAUACUACAUAUGUGAAAACGGUGGGCAGUGAUCAUGAUUUCUAUCAUGCCAUUCAUGAGAUCAUAGAAAAGCUUAAUGAAAGGAAGAGAGCAAUACAAUUCAGAUUGCCAAGCAAAGAAGAGUUGAAGAACAAAUAUGAGGAACACCGUGGAGCCCGCAAAGAAGGCGAGAAAUUGACGAGAGAGGAGUUCGACAAAAUUGCAAAGGACACCCUGAAAAUCGACAAAAUUACAUGGAGAAAACUAGCCCUCGAAACCAUCUUCUUCAUGUUUGGGGCUCCAAUCGGCGCUGUUGUAGCAACAAGACUCAUUCCUGGAGGGACCUCAUUAGUCCUCGAUGACAUAUUGGCCCCUGCAGUCACUUCCUUAACUGCCAUCGUCUUGGCCAAAGCUAAUAGGAUUUAAAUGUAAAAUUGUUGAAGUUAAGUUAAUUGACUUAGCUGUGAUUGAAAAAUCAACAUAAAUCGUUAUUGUUGAUAAAUCUUAGUGUUAAAGUUUAAGUUGUUACGAUAGAAACUGAACUUACAAUUAGGUGUUGA